AUGCAUCUUCGUAGUGGUAGACAUCUACUUCCCGCUCCUCCAGGUCGCGUCCGCCGUCGUGGACCUCAACCAUUCCGUCUGCUGGACCUUCCUGCUGAGAUUCGGCUCAUGAUCUAUGGCUACGCAAUGGGAUACCACAACGUUCAUUGGACAAUGACACACGACUUCAGACCUGGAUACAGGCUGGCGCUAGGUGACAUAUACAAUGCGAGAGAAAGGCGUAAUGUCGAUCUGCAACAUCGCCCCCUUGGUCUCUUGCGGACCUGCAGAUCAAUCUCGCAAGAAGCCUUUCCAGUCUUCUUUGACCAAACACGUUUUGACGUCUGUUUCUAUCGUGAUGAGUCACUUGGAUAUCACACUGGGUACCUGCUUGGACUAGGAACUUGGUGUGGAUACGUGGAUGACAAUCUGGCUCGAGUCGUUCUUCGGCGUGUCAAGCAUCUUCGCAUCUUCCUCGUGGAUGACGGAGAACGGACUCAACUACGCGCACGAUCCGACGGUUUUCUGAAGCGGACGAUGAAUCUAAGCCGGUACUUUGGUGCCGGAAGCUGGCUCAAAUCACUUCGAUUUGUCUUCAGCAAACAGACCGAUGCCUCCUGCUUCAUGAACUCCUUGCACGAAAGAUGGUACUCUGCGGAUAUGUUAAGUUUCUGGUUAUACCAGGGUAAUCCUAUACUGGAGUUCCCUGACGCCGACCCUAAAGACGAAGACAUUGCCGAGUUCAAGAAGUCCUGGAAGAGUAAUAUGCCCCAGCUUCUAUCCUGCGCAGGCAUACGCUGA